AUGCUCUUCUACGGACCUCCAGGAACCGGUAAAACAUCGACGAUUCUGGCGCUUGCCAAGUCCCUAUUCGGCCCUUCCCUCUACCGCUCCCGCAUCCUGGAACUGAACGCCUCCGAUGAACGCGGUAUUGGCAUUGUCCGUGACAAGAUCAAGAACUUUGCCCGAUCGCAGCUCAGCCACUCCUCCGGGAUGAGCGAGGAGUAUCUGGCGCAGUACCCCUGCCCUCCCUUCAAGAUUAUCAUUCUCGACGAAGCAGACAGCAUGACGCAGGAUGCGCAGUCAGCCCUCCGUCGCACGAUGGAGCAGUACAGUCGCAUUACGCGAUUCUGUCUUGUUUGCAACUACGUUACGCGAAUCAUUGACCCGCUUGCGAGUCGAUGCAGCAAGUUCCGGUUCAAGGCCUUGGACAACUCCGCGGCGGGUGAGCGGUUGGAGCAUAUUGCGAAGCUGGAGAACCUGACGUUGGAGAGCGGCGUCGUUGAUAAGUUGAUCCAGUGUAGCGAGGGUGACUUGCGACGGGCGAUCACAUACAUGCAGAGUGCUGCACGGUUAGUGGGGGCCCAGGGGGGCAACAAGAAGGAUGGCGACGAAGAUUCUGAGAUGACAGAUGCGACGCCGCAGCCGGUUACUGUUCGAAUGGUCGAGGAAAUUGCGGGCGUGAUCCCGGAAGAAAUCAUCGACCGGCUGGCUAAAGCAAUGCAACCUGUCAAGAUCGGUUCCUCUUAUGAGGCUGUUUCAAAGGUGAUCACAGACGUUGUCGCAGAUGGGUGGAGCGCAACGCAACUACUUCUACAGCUCUAUCGACGAGUUGUUUACAACGAUGCUAUUCCUGAUAUCCAGAAGAACAAAAUCGUCAUGGUGUUCUCUGAAAUGGACAAGCGGCUGUCUGAUGGUGCAGAUGAGCACCUAUCGAUCUUGGAUACAGCUCUUAAAAUCUCUGGUAUUCUUAAUGGAGCGUAA